AUGAGACAAAAGAGAGCCAAAUCAUACAAGAAGCAAAUCAAUGUGUAUGUCCAUACCUUUAAAUUUAGGGAACCCUUUCAGACGCUUGUAGAUUCCGAACUUAUAUUGACAUGUCAAAAGGCAUCGUUUGAUAUUCUCAAAGGUUUGAAUAGAACAAUUCAAUCCGAAUGUAAGCCUAUGAUAACACAAUGUUGCAUGCAAGCAUUGUACGAGACUGGGAACCAAGAUGCCAUUUCUAUAGCGAAAAGAUUCGAAAGAAGAAGGUGCAACCACCAGCCUACCAAGCCUGAGAUGCCCUCAAAUUGUAUAGAGUCGAUUGUAAAUGUAGAAGGUGAGAACAAGCAUAGAUACAUAAUUGCCUCGCAGGACCAAGAGUUAAGGAAGAAGCUUAGAAGAGUCCCUGGUGUUCCAAUAAUUUUCAUGAAUAGAUCAGUAAUGGUUAUGGAACCGCUUUCGAGGGCUAGUGCUGAAUUUUCAGAAAGAUUCGAAGCCAGCAAGUUGACCCAGGGUUUGAACAACUCCAAGGCAUACAAAGUAGAUACGGUAAAGGAAGAAAGAGUGAAGGAUGGAGGGGACGCAAGCACUGGUCCUAAACCUGAAAUAUCCAAGAAAAGAAAGGGUCCAAAGGCACCCAAUCCUCUCAGUAUGAAGAAGAAAAGCACAAAUGAAGGCGAGAAGAGGGAGAUCACAGCUGGUACCGGUACUACCAAGAGAAGAAGAAAGCAUUAG